AUGGAGUCAUUGAUGCAGCGGAUCAAUGAGAACAUUCGUGUGGAGGAUGAUACCACCUCCGCGACCGAGAAGGUUAAUCCGGUCGUGGCAGACAGGAGGGUCGCGGGAAAAGUUUACUCGGUUGGGCUGGAGGAUAGCCGCCCAAACAACCGGUCGAAAGGCCAGCGCCAUGAUCCAAACCGUGAUGACAGAAACAAGGGCCGCCGAAACGACCAGGCAGACCCUCCCCGUGAUGCAGCGGAGGAUGCCAAAAGAAAAUUGAAAGCAUGGAUCGGGAUCACCGCGGUGUUUAAAAUCCCCAUCUACCGCAUUUUGAGCGAGAUUCGAAGCGAACCCUUCGUCCAGGACUGCCUGCCGCUCAAGCAACACUUAGAGGAGUUGGUAGCGGCGGGGCAUCUUGACCAAUACAUAGAUGGGUGCAUCAAGGCCACGCCAGCAGACCAAGUCGAGCCAAACGGCCUGGCCGCCCUAGAAGCGCCUCCGCAAGGUGUAAUCAACGUCAUCCACGGAAUCAUUAAACCGGCCAGGGUUUGCGAGCUGAGGGGGAUGAUCAAGAAGGUCGAGCACAUGAGGGAAGUGCUCUCUGUUCAGCCCGUUGUGAAGAAAGGAAAGACCGAAGAAAGGGACAUCCUUUCAUUCUCAACCAAAGACUUGGAAAGAGUUCAGAUGCCGCACAAUGAUGCCUUAGUAGUCACUCUUCACGUCAAGGACUUUGAUAUCAAGAGAAUCUUGAUCGACCAGAGGAGUUCGGUCGAAAUCAUGUAUUAUGACGCGUUCAAACAGAUGAAGUUAGAAGACAAGGACUUGGCCCUGCGACGUCUCCUUUGGUCAGCUUCAACUCACAACCGGAGUGGCCAAUCGGAAAGAUUAUUUUGCUGGUGA